AUGAGUGCUCAGGCUUAUUACGAGUUGUAUCGCGGGAGCAGUCUCGGUCUCUCCCUUACCGAUACGCUCGAUGACCUGAUUAACGAGGGCCGCAUCGAACCUCAGCUGGCGAUGAAAAUCCUCUCUACGUUCGACCGCAUCAUCACCGAAGUCCUUGCCGAGAAAGUGCGCGCAAGGCUUACAUUCAAGGGCCAUCUUGAUACCUACCGAUUCUGCGACGAAGUGUGGACUUUCCUCAUUAAAGAUGUCAACUUUAAACUGGACAACCAGACAACGGUGUCGGCGGACAAGGUCAAGAUCGUGAGCUGUAAUAGCAAGCGACCCGGAGAGGUUUAG